AUUCCAACUCGUGUGAAACAUGUGUCGUAUUCGGAAGCGCAUCGAUAGAUCUCCAUCUAUAUAACAAGCCCCAUACUCCGGUGGGAGCUCGUAGAUCAGUGAAGACCGAAUUCUGCUGCUUCUGCUCGCCUUCACCACCUUGGAAGCUUUGAGAUCCGGCCAUGGCGGAGACGACCAAAUCGAGCUCCCAUCACAGCCACCGUCAUCGCAGGCAUCCGCACACGCCGCCGCCCUCCAAGGGGAAGCUGAUCACGGUGCUGAGCAUCGAUGGAGGAGGCGUUCGAGGCCUCAUUCCGGGGACCAUUAUUUCCUUUCUCGAAUCCAAGCUUCAGGAACUGGAUGGACCGGACGCCAGGAUCGCGGACUACUUUGAUGUGAUUACGGGAACGAGCACAGGAGGAUUGCUCACGGCCAUGAUCACUGCUCCGAACGAGAACAACCGCCCGAUGUUCUCUGCAAAGGAAGUGAUCGACUUCUACCUCGAGAACAGCCCCAAGAUUUUUCCUCAAGGAAAAGGAUUUCUCAGCUCGGUGACGAAGUUAGCCGGUGCGAUCAUGGGGCCGAAAUAUGAUGGGAAAUUUCUGCACACCAAAGUAAAGGAUUUGCUCACCGAAACAAAGCUAAGUCAGACCUUAACCAACGUGAUAAUCCCAACUUUCGACAUCAAGCUUCUGCAGCCAGUCAUCUUCUCAUCCUUCGAGGCAAGACUUGCGGCUCUCAAGGAUGCUCAUCUUGCUGACAUCUGUAUCAGUACGUCGGCCGCCCCAACCUACCUCCCGGCACAUUACUUUGAAACUAAAGACUCCGACGGAAACACUCGUAGUUACGACCUCAUCGACGGCGGCAUCGCAGCAAACAACCCGACUUUGGUUGCCAUGAGCCAAAUCAAGAAGGAAAUCGCUUUGAUGAACAAGGAUUUUGCCAACUUUAAGUCGAUAGACUACCACAACUUCAUCAUCAUCUCGAUCGGGACUGGCUCGGCUAAGAUAGAGCAGAAGUUUAGUGCAGAUCUAGCGUCCAAAUGGGGAGUUCUGCAGUGGCUGUAUCAUGGUGGUUCGACCCCCUUGAUCGACAGCUUCUUUCAAGGAAGCGCCGAUGUGGUUGACAUCCACAUGUCGUCUCUGUUCCAGUCACUUAAUUGUGAGAAGAACUACCUCAGGAUUCAGGAUGACACCUUGGUAGGUGAGAGGUCAUCUGUCGAUGUGUCCACGAAGGAGAACCUACAGGAGCUGGUGCAGAUCGGGAAGAACCUUCUAAAGAAGCCAGUUUCGAGAGUCAACCUGGAGACAGGCAUCUUUGAGGAGCUCGACGGAGAGGGAACCAACGCAGACGCGCUCACCCACCUCGCGCAGCGACUUUCCCAAGAACGGCGCCUCAGGAAAGCAAACGCCAAUGGCCACUGAGAAAGAUGGCAACGCAGCUAGCGGCGUCUCCCUUACAGUCUACUACAAGAAUGCAUUUGCUUCUUCCUCGUUGUUUCUGAGCGUGUCAUGAUGUGUGUCAGUUCAGUGUGUAAUUAAAGGAGCCGUUCUUUCUCCUUUGCACAUUAACUGCAAUAAGCAUGCUUUCCUUGCAACAA